UCAAAGUGCCGUGGGUUUAGAGGAAAACCCCUGGAUGAAAGAAAAAUGUACCUCAAAGAGCAGUCUAUCUGCUUCAGGUGUUGCAAUUCCACUAAACACAUAGCAAAGGAAUGUGCAGCAGCUGUUAAAUGUAGAGAGUGUAACAGUGAUCGCCAUGUCUCUGCAAUGCACCCAGGAUCAGCUCCAUGGGCAGUGGAAUCUCCAGUAACACAGCAAGAGCAGGGCGGGGAGCCUGAAGGUGAUAUAUUAUCUGAGGUUACUUCUAAGUGCACAGAAAUCUGUGGCAAAGCUCUUAGACCUAGAUCAUGCUCAAAAAUCUGUUUGGUGGAUGUUUACCCAUCUAACUCCCCUGGAAAGGCUAAGAGGAUGUAUGUUGUUCUGGAUGACCAGAGUAACCGGUCUCUAGCAAAGUCUGACUUUUUCGAGCUGUUUGGGAUCAAUGGAGAUUCUUUUCCCUAUACUCUUCGUACAUGUGCAGGCACAACAAAGACAAUGGGAAGAAGAGCAGAUAAUUUCAUUGUUAGUUCACUGGAUGGGAAAACUCAAGUGUCACUUCCCACACUCUUAGAAUGCAACAUGUUGCCGGAAGAUCGCGACGAAAUUCCUACUCCUGCAGUUGCACAAUACUUCUCUCAUCUCAAGCCAAUGGCUGACAAAAUACCACCUUAUGAUGCAAACGCUCCCAUUCUUCUUCUUUUUGGAAGGGACAUUCUAAGUGUGCAUAAGGUUCGAGAACAGUGUAAUGGACCUGGUAACCUGCCAUAUGCUCAGCGUCUUGACUUAGGCUGGGUCAUUGUGGGAGAGGUUUGUAUGGGAGGAGUACACAAAUCCGAGACUGCAAAUGUUUUCAGAACAAACAUAUGGCAAAAUGGACGGACAUCUUUUUUCACACCCUGCUCAAAAGGAAUUCAGAUCAAAGAACAGUUUGGUACUCCAAAUGAUCAAUACCAAUUCUGCUGUCCUGUCUCAAGCUGUUUCACGGAUCACCUGGGUGAUAACGUCUUUCAGAGGACUCCUGAGGAUGAUAAGCUUUCACUGUCUGUUGAGGAUAACAUCUUCCUUGAGGUUAUGAACAGAGAAAUGUACAUGGAUGAGUCAAACCACUGGGUAGCUCCCUUACCAUUCCGUUUACCUCGCAGCCCACUGCCGAACAACCGAGACCAGGCAAUGAAACGUCUUAAUGUCCUCCAGCGCACCUUACAAAGGAAACCCGAGAUGGCCAAACACUUUGUGGAGUUUAUGCGAAACUUGUUCAUCAACCAACAUGCAGAAAUAGCUCCCCCACUGCAGCCUGAUGAAGAAUGCUGGUAUUUACCAAUAUUUGGUGUGUACCACCCUCUGAAACCUGGGAAGAUUAGGGUCGUCUUUGAUUCUAGUGCACAGUAUGAAGGCGUCUCGUUGAAUAGCAUUCUUCUUCGUGGACCAGAUCUAAACAACAAGCUCCUGGGGGUCUUGAUGCGAUUUCGUAGGGAGCAGAUUGCAGUUACAGCUGAUGUAGAACAGAUGUUUUACUGCUUCAAGGUCAGGGAAGAUCACCAAAACUUUCUGAGGUUUCUGUGGUUCAAGGAUAAUGACCUAUCCAAAGAAAUCACAGAGUACCGAAUGACAGUUCAUGUUUUCGGUAACAGCCCGUCGCCAGCUGUGGCAAUCUUUGGGAUGAGACGAGCAGCUGAGUUUGGAGAAGACGAGCAUGGAAGAGAAGCCAAGCACUUUGUCCAUAAAAAUUUUUAUGUGGACGACGGCCUGAUCUCUGUAUCCAGUGCCGCUGAAGCCAUCAGUCUACUGAAAAACACCAAAAACAUGUUAGCUGAGUCAAACAUCAAGCUUCACAAGAUUUCAUCAAACAGCCAUCAAGUAAUGGAAGCAUUCCCUCCAUCUGAAAGAGCAAAUGACCUGAAGGAUCUGGAUUUGAGUGUCGAUCCUCUUCCUCUCCAAAGAAGUUUAGGGUUGAGCUGGAACUUAGAGACUGACUGUUUCACUUUUCAGGUGUCUACAGUAGUUAAACCAUUCACACGACGGGGCAUACUUUCAACAGUUAACAGUCUCUAUGAUCCUUUGGGAUUUGUUGCACCUGUCACCAUGCAGGGUAAGGCCUUAGUAAGAGAGCUGUCAUCAGAGCAGUUUGACUGGGACACGCCACUCCCAUCUGAUAAAGAAGCCCAGUGGAAAGCAUGGACAGAUUCAUUAGCAGAUCUCAAGGAAGUCCAGAUUCACAGACCCUAUGUUCCAGUCUCGAUUUCCAACACUUCCAAGAGAGAGAUAAUCAUUUUUGCUGAUGCCUCUACAUUAGCCAUAGCAGCGGUUGCCUACCUGAGGGUUGUAACUACAGACGGUCAGUGUCACAUUGGGUUUGUUAUGGCCAAAUCAAAGUUGGCACCAUACCCUGCUCACACAGUGCCACGUCUAGAGUUGUGUGCGGCAGUUCUUGCUGUCGAGCUGGCAGGAUUGAUUAAAGAAGAGCUGGAUGUGGAUCUAACUGCAGUAAAGUUCUACACAGACAGUAGAAUCGUUUUAGGAUACAUCUACAAUACUUCCCGGCGAUUCUAUGUGUAUGUUGCUAAUCGAGUGGCCCAAAUUAGACAUUCCACAAAGCCAGAACAGUGGCAUCACAUUGAUUCAGACCUCAAUCCGGCAGAUCUCGGCACCAGAUUCAUUCCAGCAGCUAUCCUACCUCAAACUAAUUGGUUCUAUGGUCCAGGAUUCCUCCAUCACCCUAUUCUCAGGGAAACUCCUGAAAAUGAAUCAUUUGAGCUUGUAGAGCCAGAGAAGGAUCAGGACAUUCGCCCACAUGUAGUAACCUUUGCCACGCAGACAACAGAACAGUCUCUGGGAUCACACAGAUUCGAACGCUUCUCUGAGUGGAGAUCUCUUGUAAGAAGUAUAGCCAUGCUGGGCCAUGUUGCAAAAUCAUUUUCUCAAGACAGAAAUACCGGGGAUUGCGAAGGAUGGCAUUGGUGCAAUAAAUGUCUCCAGUCUGAGCGCACACAAGCAAAGACUUCUAUUAUUAAAUGUGUGCAGCAAGAGCACUAUAAAGAUGAAUUCAAGAGUUUGGAGAAAGGUGAAGAAAUCUCACAGCAAAGUGCUCUGAAGAGACUAUCUCCCUUUGUAGACACUGAAGGACUUAUUCGAGUGGGAGGUCGCUUACAAUCAGCAGAACUGUCUGAACAGGAAAAACACCCACUAAUAAUUCCAGCAAGUCAACACGUAGCCACGUUGUUGGUCAGAUACUACCAUGAUCGAGUGGCACAUCAAGGACGACAUCUAACUGCCGGUGCAGUACGUUCAGCAGGUCUCUGGAUUGUAAAAGGAACUAAACUAAUCAACCGUGUGAUUCAUCAAUGCGUUCUCUGUAGGAAGUUAAGAGGUAGACUCGAAGAACAGAGAAUGUCAGAUUUACCUAUGGACAGAGUGAAAGUGGAUCCUCCAUUCACUCAUGUGGGUCUGGAUGUUUUUGGGCCAUGGAACAUAAUAUCACGCCGCACUAGGGGUGGCAGUGCUGAAAGUAAAAGAUGGGUUGUCAUUUUCUCUUGCUUAAGUACAAGGGCUGUUCAUUUGGAAGUCAUUGAGUCCAUGUCAACCUCAAGCUUCAUUAAUGCCCUCAGACGGUUUUUGGCAGUUCGCGGACCAGUCAAACACUUCAGAUCCGACAGAGGAACAAAUUUCAUCGGAGCCUGUCGAGAACUGAAAAUCAAUGCAGAUGAUCCAGAACUAAAAGGUUACUUGCAGGAGCAAGGUUGCGUAUGGACAUUUAAUGCUCCCCACUCUUCCCAUAUGGGGGGAGCUUGGGAAAGAAUGAUCCACAUAGCACGGAAUAUUCUGGAUGCAUUGCUGCUAAAAACCGGCCUUUCCCGUCUUACCCAUGAGGUUUUGACUACUCUCAUGUCCGAAGUCAUGGCAAUAAUGAAUGCUAGACCUUUACUUCCUAUUUCUUCUGAUCCAGACACAUUGGAAGUUCUGUCCCCUGCCAUGCUCCUCAAUCAAAAGGCUAGCACUGUACCAGCACCUCUUGGGGACUUUGACAUUAAGGACCUCUACAAGAAAGAAUGGCGACAAGUUCAGUGUCUGGCGGAUGCUUUUUGGAAAGCUUGGAGGAGAGACUAUCUUGCAACAUUGCAAGUACGGAGGAAAUGGACUGAGAAAAGACGGAACCUCGAGGAAGGUGAUGUUGUCUUGCUUAAAGAUUCCAAAGUGAAACGUAGUGAGUGGCCAAUUGGACUCAUUGUGAAAACCAUACCCAGCAGUGAUGAUAAUGUGAGGAAGGUGGAGGUAAAGAUAGUUAGAGAAGGAUCUGCUAAGGUAUACCUAAGGCCUGUCUCUGAAGUAGUACUACUCCUGCCUGGGACGUCACAGAAGGAUCCAUAAUGGUAUAAUAAUUUAUUAUACCAGGCGGGGAGUGUGCUGUUACUUAUGUCUAGAAGUGUUUCUUUUCCGCCUCCUACUGGACAUUUAAGGUACUGCACUUUGUUUGCCGUUUACUUUCGGUUUCUCUCAGUGAAUGCAGUCGGGAAGAACGUUCAUACAGUUCCUAUGGGCUAUUGAUUCCAUCGUUAAAACCUUGGAAAUAUAUGUCUUUUUACAUAAAAGAAGUGAGAAGAACAAUCACCAGUAAAGUCACUAAAGUUACGAAGACUGCUUUCUGGAGUUCUUUUCUGAAAUUGUACGCUAUCUGUUAAGCCUUUGCCCAAGCAACGCAAUUGGUCAGAACAGAAUAUCAGGCUUUGCCACCAUCCCACAAAGUGGCAACCACCUCAGUGUGUUAAAUGCCCAGGUAGUGAUCGUGACCAUCACCCGGUGCCAGAU